AUGAUGGGCAAGCGAAAACGAUGUCGCCCCUUCGACGAAGAUCACAAGCGAGCUAAAGUCGAAAAAAAGAUCAUAACCCCUGUAAAGCAUCCUGCGUUGAGUCUCUAUUACCGCAAUAUCUUGACUUUAAGAGACUAUCUACUCUUGAAGCUGCCCACAACGUCCAAGGCCAGACGUCGCAAAAUUGUGUCCAUCUUGCCUGGCACGGCCAACUUUCUCCACAGCGAUGAAGAGACCGGUACCUUGUCCCAAGAUAGACAUUGUCUUUCUCAACUCUUGAACAAUACCUUGGUUUGCACAGUCCACGAGCAGACGUCGCAACCUGAAUCUUCUAGGGUGAAAGACUUUGCAGUCUUCUCUCAGCACGUUAGUCCCACUGCUGGGAGCAGUAUUGGCGGCAGCACAUCGUCGCUGUCGGAUCUUGUCGACUUUGCCAUAUGGCUACUAUUUCAUAAAAUUCAUCGCCAUGCUCAUAGACCGCCCCAUAUGCUAUGUCAUGGCUUUCAGCGUGCGAGUAACCCGCGACAAACCAAUGAAGAUCAUUGUGCAAUCGCUGGCAUCCCAGGAGUUGUAUCGCACUACCCCAAUGCAAAUGUAAACGCGCUUAAAGGCUCACCCUGGACGGAGACAUUGAGCUUGCUAGGGAAAGAAGGUGACCGCAUAGUGCUUGAUCUAAUUCUGGAUUGUGGUAUAUUCCUGGCCGGCGACGAGGGCCUAGGUAAUUAUUACCAGCUAUCAGGGACUCCAUUGACCGAAUUACAACCUCUGAGUGCCUCAAAUUUUCAGAGAAAAGUACUCACUUCGAAGCCAGAGCUCUGCAAGACAUCUAUAUUAUGUCAUGUCGCUCAAUCAACGCACAAAAAUCCUGCUGCCAUUACUUUCGUUCGAAAUCGUAUGUUCUACGCACGCGCGGCUUUAAACGCCAAGGGAAGAGUUACCUUUGGCUUGCGACAUAUCCAUGUCUUGAAUCGAUAUUCAGACAGUGGCAAUAUAGAGCACACAGCCCAUGUGAUGAAAUAUUUGUUCCCGAGGCAAUUUGGGAUGCACAAUGUCUUUACUUGUACAGUCGACUCAAAGGAAAGCAUUCAGCCUUUCAAAGACUACACUCUUCGAGAGCAAGAAAUCGCUCAGUUGGAACGCCAAAAACUACAGAAAGGAAGCGCUGAAGCUUCAAGCAUUGCCGUCAGACACCGAGUACCGAAAAGGCUUCGAGGUGAGGCGCUGGAUCUUGUCAGAAAGUUGCAGAGACUACACUCCCGAUGCUCGUAUCAUGAUCUCCUGAAGCAUUACUGUCCGGCAAAGCGAACAGGCCUCCGUCCCAAGCGGAUAGUGGUUGCUGGAUCAGCGAGAACCAUGCCCGAAAAGGUUGACAGUCAAGUACCAGGCCCUUCAUCGUGCACAGUCAUUAAUGCCGCUGUUCCUCAAAUUCGAGCGGAGCCUCCCAAUGCACCUUUGGUUUCGCUAGCGACCCCUCAGUCUGAUGUAUCUGCAUUUUGCCAAGCUGUAUUAUCCAAUUUAAUACCGGACAGAUUCUGGGGCGAAGGAAACCAAGGACAGGAUAAUAAAGAAGUUGUGAUGCGGAACACUGAUCGUUUUGUUCGAUUGAGAAGAUUCGAGAGUCUGUCAUUGCAUGCGGUGUUUCAAGGCUUGAAGUUGACAUGUAUGACCUGGUUGAAACCAGCUCAAGUCAACCAUUCCAUGAGGGUUGCAGCUUCCGAUGUUGAGAAGCGCAAAGAAAUAUUUUUAGAAUUCCUCUACUACGUGUUCGACUCUUUACUGAUACCACUGAUCCGCUCCAAUUUUCAUGUCACAGAAUCGAAUGUUCACCGGAAUCGUCUCUUUUAUUUUCGACACGACGUGUGGCGGGCGUUGACGGAGCCCGCUAUGGCGAACUUCAAACUCACUAUGUACGAAGAGAUGAAGACUGUGAAAGCCAAAAGCUUGCUCGACGCACGCGCUUUGGGUUUCAGCCAAAUCAGACUGCUCCCUAAAAGCAACGGAGUACGGCCCAUCACAAAUCUUCGCCGACGCGUCACCAAAUUACAGAACGGCAAAGUUACCUUGGGCAGAAGUAUCAACUCUGUCAUGGCACCUGUGUUCAAUGUGCUCGACUUUGAGAAAAGGAAGCGGCCAGCUCUUGUAGGCUCAGCUCUUUUCUCAGUUGGGGAUAUGUACCCGAAGUUGAAAGCUUUCGCACAAACGAUUCACGGGGGCAAAACCACCGUCGAAUUUCUACUAUUUCGCAAAGACAGAUGCCAAAUCAUGUUUUGA